AUGAUUGCUCAUUCGCUUGUGGACCGCCUACAAUUUUUUCUAAUCGGACAUGCUCUUGGCAUAGAAACCUCCUGUGACGAUACAGCAGUAGGCAUUGUCACCUCUUCUCGUGUCAUUCUCAGUGACUGCAUUCAUCUUCAAUCCCACCUUCACGAACCCAAGGGCGGGAUAGUGCCCACACUAGCUAUGGUAAGUCAUAGAAAGAGUCUACCGACUGUGAUUAGAGACGCAGUGGAAAAGGCAAGAGUUGACGUUCUCAGGGAUGUUGAUAUCAUUGCUGUUACAAGGGGACCGGGAUUAGGUCCCUGUUUGGGCGUUGGCGUAGAUGCAGCUAAGAGUCUGGCUUGUGUUUUGAGGAAGCCGAUAAUCGGAGUUCAUCAUAUGGAAGCUCACGCUCUAACUCCGCGUCUCUUGAACCCACUUCUCUCCUUUCCCUAUCUGACUCUAUUAAUUUCCGGUGGCCAUACUCUAAUACUAUUGACCCGCCGCGUGAAUACUCAUACUAUUCUCUCUACGACGAUUGAUGACUCGAUUGGCGAAGCAUUUGACAAAGUCACCCGUCUCCUAAACCUUCCCUGGCUUCCUGGGCGUUCUGGUGGUCCUGGUGCUACACUUGAACGCUAUGCUUCUCUUGGCGAUGCCUCUAAAUAUAACUUCCCAAUCCCAAUGACCAAAGACAAAUCUCAACUUCAAAAUUCAAACAUGAGUUUUAGUGGAUUGAAAACCGCAGUGAAAUAUUUGAUUGAGGAGGAAAAGUUGGAUGUAGAAGAUGAGGAGGUCAGGAGAGAUCUGGCAGCCGCGUUUCAAUAUGCCGCUGUGGAGCAUUUGAUCGGAAAACUGCGUCUGUGCAUAAAAGAAUGUUGCAAGGGAGAGUUGGAUGUGAGAAAAUUGGUUUGUAGUGGAGGUGUUGCGAGAAAUGGGUUUAUUAGAGAGAGGUUGAACAAACUAGCGAUGGAAUACGAUCUUGAACUAUUUUUCCCGCCCCCUGAGCUUUGCACAGAUAAUGGAGUAAUGAUUGCAUGGGCUGGAAUUGAGAGAUAUCAAUGUGGCCUAAUCGAUGAUUACUUUUUUGAACAAAUACCGAAAUGGCCGAUUGAUAGUUUGGGAUAA